CAGAUGCAUCCACUUGGACUGUGUAAUAGCAAUGAUGAGGAAGACCUGUAUGAAUAUGGCUGGGUAGGAGUGGUGAAAUUGGAACAGCCAGAGCUGGAGCCCAAGCCAUGCCUCACUGUCUUAGGAAAGGCAAAACGAGCAGUACAGCGAGGAGCCACAGCGGUCAUCUUUGAUGUUUCUGAAAACCCAGAUGCCAUUGAUCAGCUGAACCAGGGCUCAGAGGACCCUCUGAAGAGACCAGUGGUGUAUGUGAAAGGUGCUGAUGCUGUCAAGCUAAUGAACAUAGUUAACAAGCAGAAAGUGGCACGGGCCAGGAUUCAGCAUCGCCCCCCACGGCAACCCACCGAGUACUUUGAUAUGGGAAUUUUCCUGGCCUUCUUUGUGGUUGUGUCCCUUGUUUGCCUCAUUCUUCUUGUCAAGAUCAAACUGAAACAGCGACGUAGUCAGAAUUCCAUGAACAGGCUUGCAGUGCAAGCACUGGAGAAAAUGGAGACCAGGAAGUUUAAGUCCAAAAGUAAGGGACACCGAGAAAAUAACUGUGGAGCACUGGAUACUCUCAGUAGCAGCUCCACCUCUGACUGUGCCAUCUGCUUGGAGAAGUACAUUGAUGGGGAGGAACUGCGUGUCAUUCCUUGCACUCACCGAUUCCACAAGAAAUGUGUGGAUCCUUGGCUGCUGCAGCAUCACACCUGCCCUCACUGCCGCCAUAACAUCAUAGAACAGAAGAAGGGGAACGCAGCUCCCAUCUGUCUGGAAUCCAUCAACCCAGCCCGCAGCCGGCAGCAGAGGGUGAUCCUGCCUGUGCAUUACCCGGGCCGAGUGCACAGGGCGAGCCAGCUGACGGCGUACCCCACCCGCACCAGCAUGGACCCUCACGGGAACCCCAUCACCCUACUGACGCUCGAGCGGCACGGCGAGCAGAGCCUCUACCCAGCCCCGUCCCCCGCCUACAUUCGCAGCUAUCAGCCCAUUCAUUUGGACCACGCUUUAAACACACAUCACUGUAGCCUGGAGCACAGGGCUUACUCUCCAACUCACAACUUCCGAAGACCCAAGUUUGGUGGACGCAACUUUUCCAAAGCAGCGUGCUUCUCCCGAUACGAGACCAUGUAUCAGCACUACUACUUCCAAGGCCUUAGUUACCCUGAGCAAGAUGGACAGCUUCCAGCUGGCAUUUCCUCAAAGGGUCCUUCCCGUGCCUUUCAGCCUGGUAGCAGCAUGCUUUUCCCUCCUGUGGUACACGUAAUGCCCUCGUCCCGCUUGGAGAGCGGCAGUACCUCCAGCUUUAGCUGCUAUCACGGUCACCGUUCGGUGUGCAGUGGGUAUUUGGCUGACUGCCCUGGGAGCGACAGCAGCAGCAGCAGUUCUGGUCAGUGCCACUGCUCCUCCAGUGACUCCAUGGUUGACUGCACUGAGGUCAGUAACCAGGGGGUUUACGGGAGCUGCUCCACCUUCCGCAGCUCUUUGAGCAGUGACUAUGACCCGUACGUGUACCGCAGCAGGAGCCCUUGCCGAGCAGGUGAGGUUGGUGGUGCCAACAGGGGUGCGAUUGUGCUCUUGGAGGGCCCCCACCAGGACGAGCUUCCAGCUCACGGUCACGGUGUGGUGGGUGCUGACUGCCGGCCUGUGCCAGCUUCUUCCUCAGGGGACCAACUGUCUAACUGCAGCAUGGAUAUGAACUAUAGCAGUAAUUCCUCACUAGAGCACAGGGAUCCAAAUGGCACUACCUCAGAGGGAGGACCUGAGGCCACUCCUGGUGCUGCCUUGGAUGUUAAAAGGAACUGGAAGAAUCCAGAGAUAGCAGGGUCGAUUUCGGAGCAGGCGUGCGCAUGCUGCUUUGAAUUCCAGCACUCUGCCCUGGAGCCUAGCAAUGGGACAGCUGACUGCAGUGCACUCUUCCUUAGCUCUCCACUGUGGGGGACGUGUGGCCAAGGAAUUGAACCACAGUCAGGGAACACCCCAGGCUUGUACAGUAUUAACUCAGACCACUUACAUAGGACAGAUGGGGUAAAAUAUGAGGGGUUGCCCUGCUGCUUCUAUGAAGAGAAGCAGGUAGCCUGUAGUAGCAACAGUGGCAGUGGAGGUGGUGGCUGCUAUACAGAAGACUAUGCAGUGAAUGUGCAGUACACGCUUCCUGAUGACACCUUGCCAAACUGCUGUAAGGGUGUUUGUGAUCUGGGUCAACGCAUUCCCAUAAUUCCUGAAGACAGAGACUGUGAGCUGAUUCUACCACCAGAGCACCAAGGGACCCACAUAGGAGGCUCCUGGGAUGGAACACCUGAGCUAGACACUUACCUGCACUGUCAAGGUAUUGGAGAGGUACAGGUCGAGAGGGAGGUGUGCUAUGAGGCAACAUCAUUCCUGCGGCAGAACUACUCUCAGGAGGAGGAAACUGGAAUGCCCUUUCCCAGUCCCACUCUGAACUCCCAGAAGCUUAUGAUGACCACAAAGGCCACAGGUGCUGGAUCUCAUCCUUUGGAGAGAAGCCAAAUCAGUGACUAAGACCUGUCCAGAUGAUCCCAGAUGGAGAAGCGGAGCUUAUCAGAGACUCCAAAUUCUCAUGGACUUAACAUUUUUUAAGCUUUGACAAACACACAAAAGUGGUAAUGUGGAGAAGUCCCUCCCCUACUUCCUCUGUGUUCACUUCAGUUUGAUUGUCUCCUUUGUCCCUCCUGCCUGAAGCCUUCAGGCCUUGAUUUGUGUGCAAAGCCCAUGUGGGACAUGGUGUGGAGCAUUUCUGAGCUCUAGUGCCAUUUCUAUAUUAAUGACAAAGUGUUAUUUAUAUUUUCUUUUUAGAAGUGACCUCUUGCCGAGAGGUAACACAGUGUGUUAAAUAAGCCAGGCUAUGUGUAGAUGCUGUUAUCUCCUACUUGAAGGAGUCCAGCCUUUGAUAAGCUCAGGGCUACAACUGCCUUAGAAACCAGAUAGCACCUUGAAAUAUAGUAAUCCAGAGUGAUACAGCUGCUGAAUGGAUGCUCAGAUACUGACUAAUCCCAGUAGCAAAUCCUAGCAGCCAGCAAGUUAUGUGAGUGAUUUUGAGGGAGGUGAAGCAUUGGACUGUCUCCUUUCUCCUCUUCCCUUCUCCCCCCGUUCAUGCUGCUCUGAUGGUUUGGCUAGGAAGGUGUCCUGCCAUUAGGAUUAGUUUCAACAGUGGGGGUGAGGAAACAUAGCUCAGAAUGUUCUCAUCCUCACUUCCUGUAUUUAAACCAUGGACCUCAUUGUAUCUUCUGACCAGUGAAGAAUGCUGGGGACCUCUCCCUCAAGCAGAUGCUCGAACAAAGUGCUUAGAAAGGGUAUUAUUACCUUUGUAGGUAAUGAACUUUUCCUUCCAUAGGAAGUUUUUCAGGCACCUGUAGCCCCUGUUACGGCUGUGAGGAAUGCUGGCAUGUGCAGGAAACAGUGUGCUUGCAGCUUUGCUGGCUGAUUUUGGAAACAGGGUUUCUUGUUUCCUCACAGGCUGCAAGCAUGCCUAAGGGAAGCAGUGCUUGCCACCUUUUGUGCAUGUGGGAACGCGAGGGACUUGGUUUAAUCAUUGCUUUCUUUGCUGUGGUUGAUGUAGCUUCCAUAGAUUGAUCUGUUUUAAAGGUUUCUUGGGCCCAGCCGAUUGUGAUUCAUUUUUGUCUUGUGUACAGAGCUCUCUGUACCCCAUUAGCCUGGGCACAUACUUUUGUUCUUGUUCUUGUCCUAGUGGGGAUGUUUGUUAUCAUGAGAUACUUUAUGUCACUUCUGAUAGCAAUUGUUUCCUGUGGAAACAGCAGCUUCUGAGUAAGAGGCUACCAUAGCAUGGGUUAAAUUGCCUGUCAUGCUGCAUGUGCCUGAGGACACAGUGUCAUCCUGUGGUGUAUUCACAGCAGGAAUUCUUCUAAAGGGAAACUAAGUAUUUAAUGCCCACAGUGCCAGUCUUCUGAAAAGAUUUGUCCUAAGUUCAGUACACUUUGGAGAUGUACACUUCAUAUUCUGCCAAAGCAAUGUCCUUGACAGCACUGGGCUGGUUCUGAGACCCAGCAAAGCUAACAUGUAUUCUCUGUAGUCCCAAAUGAACUAUUUUAAAAGAAGGAAAUAUCUAAGAAAUAACAAAUACAUUUGUCUAUUUCCUUUUGCUUUCAUACCCAGUAAGUUAGGAAAAGAGUUCUAUCUAAAGGAAUUCACAUCUUUUCAAUCAACAAGAACCAAAAUUCAGCUGUUCAGAGAAUUACUACGAGGCAGUAUCUGGGUAUAAGAUUAAAAGAAAAAUUUCAAUAAACACAUUUUCUGUGUAUAAAG